GUAAUCAACCUUAUUUUCAAUUCAAUAGAUUACAUUCACUUUACACUUCUUUGUCUUCAAGUCUAAUAUUAACAAACUCCUGCAACCCUCCCGUUGGGUUGGUGAGAACUGUUCCUUGAUUCAUCUGUACAAAAUUAAGACUGAUGUCUUUAGUUCCAAAACCGCUUCAGUCACCGAAAGAGUUUGAUUUUAUUCUUAUACUCAAUUUCAUUGCAAUAUUUCACCAAACUCAACGUCUGAUAUUGUGAAGACAGUUAACAAUCAGAUAAGUUUGUUGGUUAAAAAUUAAAACAUGUCAACCUCUCAACUUUUGAGAUCACCGGCAAAAAAACCUUUGUCUUUAUCUCAACCCUUACAAGAGUCUAUCGGAUCUCAUAAACAAUCUUCUGAUGAACCAAAAGUCAUAUAUGUUUGGCAAAAUAUUUUCGCCUUUCUUUUACUUCAUUCUUCUAUUAUUUACGGUGCAUUCAAAUUGUUUACUAACCCACCAUGGUUAACAAUGGCUUUUGCAACCUUAGUCGGACAUAUGAGUGCAUUGGGUGUUACAGCUGGAGCUCAUCGUCUUUGGUCACAUCGAGCUUACAAGGCUAAACUGCCUCUUCGGAUAUUUCUGGCUGCCUUACAAACAACUGCUGGUCAGAACAAUAUAUUUGAAUGGUGUCGAGAUCAUCGAGUUCAUCAUAAAUUUUGUGAAACUGAUGCUGAUCCUUAUAAUGCUAACCGUGGCUUCUUUUUUGCUCAUAUGGGAUGGCUGUGUGUUAAAAAGCAUCCCGAUGUAAUCAACAAAGGACAGUCAGUUGAUUGCUCAGAUUUACUCAAAGAUCCAGUUGUACGUUUUCAGCGGUCUUAUUUCAUGCCCUUGGCUAUUCUUUGUUGUUUAAUCAUCCCUUCAAUUAUACCAAUCAUUUUUUGGAGUGAAACUUAUCUCAAUGCAUUCCUCAUUGCCGGAUUAGCUCGUUAUUGUAUUUCUCUUCAUCUUACCUGGUUGAUCAAUUCCGUGGCUCAUCUUUGGGGAAAUCGUCCUUAUGAUAUAACUAUUGGUGCUCGAGAAAACAGAUAUGUUAUCUAUGUCUCUAUUGGCGAAGGCUUUCACAACUAUCACCAUACAUUUCCAUCAGAUUAUUCAGCUUCUGAGUUAGGAAUGGAAUGGAAUCUGACUACGCGUUUUAUCAAUGUGAUGUAUUAUAUCGGACAAGCUUAUGAUUUAAAAAGUACACCAACUAGAUUGAUAAAGGAUCGAAUCAAAAGAACUGGGUGCUUGAAAUAAUAUCAGACUCGAGACAGCCUCUAUACGUUCGCAAAACGAACCUCGUUAGGUCCACUUUUUUCAUCAAAUACCAAAUAAUACAGCUUUAAUUUUGUUGAUCAUGCUCAUAAUAGACUGUUUUUGAACAAAUUUGUUUUUUACUGUUAUA